UGCCAACUCCUAGAUCCACGCUAUCAAAAAAAAAACUCCUAGAUCCACGGUAGCCAGAGGCGGCCGCCGAUGGCGAAGCAGAGGAAGCCCCGUGCCCCCGCCCCAGAUCCGGCAGCCGCUGCGCGGCUCCCAUGGCACCCCGCCGCGCCGCCCGUCCCCACCGCCCUGCUCAUCUCCCUCGCCGCCCUCCUCGUUCGCGUGCUCGUCUCCCUCGGACCCUACUCCGGCCAGGGCGCGGCGCCCAAGUUCGGCGACUACGAGGCGCAGCGGCAUUGGAUGGAGCUCACCCUCCACCUCCCUUCCUCCGACUGGUACCGCAACACCUCCGACAACGACCUCGCCUACUGGGGUCUCGACUACCCGCCCCUCUCCGCCUACCAGAGCCUCCUCCACGGGCGCAUCGUCAACGCCGCACUCCCCGACGCCGUCGCGCUCCGCUCCUCCCGCGGCUUUGAGUCCCCGGAAUCGAAGUUGCUGAUGCGGUGGACGGUGCUGUCGUCGGAUCUGCUGGUGUUAUUCCCGGCUGCAUUGUGGUUCGUGUGGGCGUACAUGAAAGAUGGGAUUGGUGUUAAUGGGGAGGAGAGACGGGAGGGGUGGACGUGGCUGCUUGCCAUGGUCCUGAUCAACCCGUGUUUAGUAUUGAUCGAUCAUGGCCAUUUUCAGUAUAACUGCAUCAGCCUUGGCCUGACGCUUGGAGCGAUUGCUGGUGUUUUGUCAAGGAAUGAAUUUGUUGCUGCUGUUCUCUUCAGUCUUGCAAUUAACCACAAGCAGAUGAGCCUGUACUUUGCACCAGCUUUUUUCAGCCAUCUUUUGGGGAAAUGCCUCAAACGGAAAUAUCCGAUUAUUGAAGUCAUGAAACUUGCUUCCGUGGUCUUGGGAACUUUUGCUCUUGUCUGGUGGCCAUAUUUGCAUUCUCAUGAGGCUGCCCUACAGGUGAUCUCUCGAUUAGCUCCAUUUGAGAGAGGUAUAUAUGAGGAUUAUGUUGCAAAUUUCUGGUGCAGUACUUCAGUUAUUAUCAAGUGGAAGGGAUUGUUUGCAAUAAAAACGCUGAAACUUAUGAGUCUCUCUGCCACCAUCCUGGCUUUCUUGCCUUCAUUUGUUCAGCAAGUCAAGUCACCAAGUAAUCUUGGCUUCCUUUAUUCUCUGAUGAACAGCUCAUUCUCUUUCUACCUAUUCUCUUACCAAGUUCAUGAGAAAUCAAUUUUGCUUCCUCUUUUACCGGCAAGCCUUUUAGCACUAAAAGAACCUCAGCUGUAUGGAUGGUUUGUGUACUUUGCACUUUUCUCAAUGUACCCGCUUAUCUGCCGUGAUCAGCUUCUUCUACAAUAUAUAGCUGUUCUUGGCCUGUUCUUUCUUUUAUACUACUCACCUGGUGGAAGCCACGGAAAGAGAUUGAACAUUCCACACGGAACAAAGGUAGUUCUUAGCUUGCCAUUUUUGUGCUCACUCUUUCUCCACAUUGCCUACUUGCAAAUAGAGCCUCCCAAGAGGUAUCCCUUCCUCUUUGAUGCGUUGAUAAUUUUCAUUUGUUUUUUGCAAUUUUUCAUUUUGACUCUGUACACCAAUUAUAAGCAAUGGAUGUUGGACACCCAUUCUAGAUCAAUAGGUGUGAAGAAGGAUCUAUGAUCGAAUAUUUUGACAGUUAAUUUCACAUACAAAGUCACUAUACAAUUGUAACUAUUGUGUGUGUUCCCUUGUAGCAUUGACUCAUUUUUUAUGAAUGAAAUUGAUGACUUUUUGCA